ACUGCUCAAUCGAUGUUCAUUCAUAUUACGGUUCAGGCACCCACAUGGAGUCGGGGACGGCGCUUGCGCCGCUACAGGAAUUUGUAUAUAUAGCCAGGCUCGAGGCAAGGAGCUCUCAGCCUUCCCAUCAGUCAUACUCACUCCCCGAACCAAGUGAUCUGUCGAUCUCGUAUUGCGUGGAAUCCAUGGAGAUCGUGCUCGUACUAUGCGUAGCCGCUAUCGCAGUCGCACUGGCUCUGCUCCCCAAGCUGUUCAAGCGUUCACCGUUCAGGCAUAUUCGAGGACCACCGUCGCCUAGCUGGCUCUAUGGUCAUAUGAUAAUGACCUCUCGCGAGAAGGACGUUGGUGAUCUUCACUUUCAGUACAUGCAAGAGUACGGCUCUGCAUGGCGCAUGAAGGAGUGUUUCAAUAAGGACACUCUGUGGCUUGUCGAUCCUAAAGCGAUCCAAUAUGUACUCCAAACAUCAGGGUAUCAUUACUCACGGACAGUUGUUGGACGACACAUUGCCCGACAGAUCACCGGGGACGGUAUUCUCUAUGUUGAAGGAGACGACCAUGCGCGUGUACGCAAGAUCAUGAACCCAGCGUUUAGCGCCGCUCAACUCCGCUCCUUCCUUCCACUCUUUCGACGCUCGGCGCGCAGGCUUACGAUCAAAUGGAAGGACUCUCUACGAACUGCCUCUGCCCCCGCUGACCACGUGCUGAACGUAAACUCGUGGUUCACGCGGACGACACUCGAUGUCAUUGGCGAAGCUGCGUAUGACUUCCGUUGCGGUGCGCUGGAAGAGGAGGACAAUGAAGUCGUCGACGCGUACAAGAACAUGUUCCGUGAUUCCGUGAUGUAUCCUUCUGGCGCGACCCUCGUCUUCCGCUCUCUUUGGCCAUACAUCCCCGAACGCCUCAUCCGGCUCACUGGCUACCUCCCAACUCGAGAGGCCCGCCGAUUCCGACGGACCUUGAGUGUCGUUAAUAAGAUCUCAAACAGGCUAAUUAAGGAGAAGACACAGACGUGUUUGGAUAGGAAGGAUGAGAAUCUCAGGGACAUCAUGAGCAUUCUCGUCAAGGCGAACCAUUCCGAGAACCCGAAGACACGCAUGAAGGACAAGGAAAUGAUCUCUCAGAUGGCGACGUUCUUCCUUGCAGGCCAUGAGACCACCGCCUCGAUGCUCACCUGGAUGACGUGGGAGCUCGCGAAGGAUCAAGACUACCAGGAAAAGAUGCGUCAGGAAAUUGCCGCUGUACGCGCGAAGGUCUCGGAACGCGGAGACGACGACUUCACCGUCGCAGACUUGGACUCAAUGACCUUCGUCAUCGCAGGCCUGAAGGAAGCGUUACGUCUGCACCCAAUCGUGUACAUGAUGGUACGUAGUGCGGAGAGAGACGAUGCCAUCCCGCUCUCGAGGCCAAUACGGGACGAAAAAGGCAAUGUCAUCUCCGAAAUACCGGUCUCGAAGGGUACGUCAAUUAACCUCUCGCUUUGCGGCUACAAUCGCCUGCCAGAGGUCUGGGGCGCAGAUGCACAAGUGUGGAACCCGUACCGCUGGAUGGACACAAACAGAGAGAAACAUAUCAACGUCGGUGUAUACGGGAACUUGUUGACAUUCAGCGGCGGCGUCAAGGCCUGCAUCGGAUGGCGCUUCACGGUCAUUGAGCUGCAAGCGAUCGUCGUUGAGCUUCUCGAGAACUUCGAGGUUGCCAUCCCCGACGACAAGCCGGACAUCCAGCGUGUCCCCGGAGGACUGAUGAUCCCAAUGAUCAGGGGAAAGCCGGAGCUAGGGUCACAGAUGCCUCUCAAGGUGACCGCAGUUGUGCGUCCGGAGAAGGCAGAAGUGUAAACAUCUGGGAGGGAUGGUUGUGCUGUCCUGGGGUGCAUGUUUCGAAGUUGACUGUAAAUCGCCGAGUGGUUGUAUGUACAGUUAGUGUGAUGAUUACCUGACCGCCUCCUCCAAGUAAAGAAGCAUCGAGUGGCAUUUGAGUGGCAUGCAGCGGUCGCUGAGUAUCGCAUCGGCGUCCAAUUUGAAGGCGCGGCCGUGGCAUCUGUGGACAGAAUACUGAAGCCGUCAAUCAGACGCCUGCAGCGUACCAUAAGC